AUGAAACGAUCCAAACUUCAGAAACAAAUUUCAGAUUUAGGACUGACAUGGAAUAAAAUUGUAAAAUUUGUGGAUGACAAUCUGGAGAAGAAGGAAGUACAAAUUGUAAAUGAAGACUUAAAAGAUAUAUUACGAGCAGCAAAGCAGAUUGUUGGAACAGACAAUGGACAGGAAGCAAUAGAAAGUGGAGCUGCAUUUCUUUUUAAGACAUUUCACUUGAAGGAUUGUGUUGGUCAUAAUGAAACAAAAGCUCUUAAUCAGAUGUUUGGUCCCUUUCCAUCAUCAUCUGCUACUGCAGCUUGUAACGCCACUUGUCGGGUUGCAUCCCAUUUUACUGAAGAUCAUCUUACAGCACUUGUCCAAAGGACAGAAGAACAAAAUAGUAACAGAGUUUUAUUUGGAAAAAAUAUAGUGUUUUCAUUUGACAUGCAUGAUUUAGAUCACUUUGAAGAAUUACCAAUAAAUGGUGAAGCUGAUGCUCAGAAAAAUAUAAGCCUUAAUUAUGAGAACUUUAUAAAUAAUCCUUUAGAACAUUUCCAAGAGAUAUCCUCAGAUUUCAAGCCUGUGGAAAAAAAUAAUAGUUCUUUUUUAUGGUAUGAAGUUGAAAAGUAUUUCAAUGAAACUUUGAAGGGAACUGCUGAAGCACCAAGAAUAGAAGAUCUUUGCUGUACUUUGUAUGAUAUGCUUGCCUCUGUUAAAAGUGGUGAUGAACUUCAGAAUGAGUUAUUUGAACUGCUAGGACCUGAGGGUUUUGAACUUAUUGAGAAGCUCCUCCAAAACAGAGUUAUAAUUGUGGAUAGAUUUCUUUCAUCAAAUGAUCAUAAAUUGCAAGCUCUUCAAGACAAUUGUAAAAAAUUUUCUGCAGAAAAUGCUAAACCUAAUUAUGGUUGUCAAGUCACUAUUCAAUCAGAACAAGAAAAGCAGUUAAUGAAGCAGCAUCGUCGGGAAGAAAAACGAAUUGCCAGAAGAGAAAAAAGAGCAGGAGAAGAUGGAGAAAUUGGAGGGGAAGGGCUAAUGUGCUUUGAUCCUAAGGAGUUGAGGAGACAGAGGGAGAUAGCACUUAUGAAUGCUCGAAGUGUGUCAGUUCUGAACAGACAGAGAGAUGCAGAUAUUGAAAAAAUUCAUUAUCCACAUGUCUAUGAUUCCCAAGCUGAAGCCAUGAAAACAUCAGCAUUCAUUGGAGGUGCAAAGAUGCUUUUACCAGAAGGGAUUCAAAGGGAGAACAAUAAAAUGUAUGAAGAAAUAAAAAUUCCCCACAGUGAACCAAUGCCAAUAGGCUUUGAGGAAAAACCAGUUUUUAUUAAAGACUUAGAUGAGAUUGGUCAACUGGCUUUUAAGGGAGUUAAAAGACUCAAUCGGAUCCAGUCAAUAGUCUUUGAGACAGCUUACAACACAAAUGAAAACAUGCUGAUUUGUGCACCCACUGGAGCUGGGAAGACUAAUAUUGCUAUGCUUACAGUCUUGCAUGAAAUUCGACAACAUGUUCAACAAGGUGUUAUCAGAAAGGAUGAGUUUAAGAUCGUAUAUGUUGCACCAAUGAAGGCUUUGGCAGCUGAAAUGACAAAUUACUUCAGCAAGCGUCUGGAACCAUUGGGCAUCACAGUGAAAGAGCUGACUGGUGACAUGCAGUUGUCCAAAGGUGAAAUCUUGCGAACACAGAUGCUUGUUACUACACCUGAAAAAUGGGAUGUAGUAACACGAAAGAGUGUUGGAGAUGUAGCCCUUUCCCAGCUUGUAAAGCUCCUAAUUCUUGAUGAAGUUCAUCUGUUGCAUGAAGAUAGAGGACCUGUAUUGGAAAGUCUAGUUGCACGAACUUUACGACAGGUUGAAUCUACACAGAGCAUGAUAAGGAUUUUGGGACUUUCUGCUACAUUACCCAACUACCUUGAUGUUGCUACUUUUUUGCAUGUCAAUCCUUAUAUUGGACUUUUCUACUUUGAUGGCCGUUUUAGGCCAGUACCUCUUGGACAGACAUUUUUGGGAAUUAAGACAACAAAUAAGGUGCAACAGUUGAAUAACAUGGAUGAAGUAUGCUAUGAAAAUGUUUUGAAACAGAUAACAGCUGGACACCAGGUGAUGGUUUUUGUGCAUGCUCGAAAUGCCACUGUACGAACAGCUAUGGCUUUAAGAGAAAAAGCUAAAAAUAAUGGCCACAUUUGCUAUUUUUUGCCAAACCAAGGACCGGAAUAUGGACAUGCUGAAAAACAGGUGCAAAAGUCAAGAAAUAAGCAGUUGCGAGAAAUGUUUCCAGAUGGCUUUAGUAUUCAUCAUGCUGGAAUGCUUCGACAGGACAGAAGUUUAGUUGAAAACCUGUUUUCUCAUGGACAUAUCAAAGUUUUAGUUUGUACAGCUACAUUAGCAUGGGGUGUCAAUCUCCCUGCUCAUGCUGUUAUCAUUAAGGGAACACAAAUAUAUGCUGCAAAAAGAGGUUCCUUUGUUGACCUUGGAAUUUUAGAUGUCAUGCAGAUAUUUGGUCGAGCUGGAAGGCCACAGUUUGAUAAAUUUGGGGAAGGCAUAAUCAUAACAACUCAUGAUAAACUCAGCCAUUACCUGACCCUACUUACUCAACAGAAUCCAAUUGAAAGCCAGUUUUUGGAAAGCCUUGCAGAUAAUCUGAAUGCAGAGAUUGCUCUGGGAACAGUUACUAAUGUGGAAGAAGCAGUGAAGUGGAUAAGUUAUACUUAUCUUUAUGUACGGAUGAGAGCAAAUCCAUUAGUAUAUGGCAUCAGUCACAAAGCCUAUCAGAUGGAUCCAACAUUAGAGAAACAUCGAGAACAGUUAGUCAUUGAAGUUGGACGAAAAUUGGACAAGGCCCGCAUGAUUCGUUUUGAAGAACGGACUGGAUAUUUUUCUUCAACAGAUUUGGGCAGGACUGCCAGCCACUACUAUAUUAAAUACAACACCAUUGAGACCUUCAAUGAACUCUUUGAUGCACAUAAAACAGAAGGAGAUAUCCUUGCUAUAGUGUCUAAAGCUGAAGAAUUUGAGCAAAUUAAGGUCAGAGAAGAGGAAAUAGAGGAGUUAGAUGUUUUAUUGAAUAAUUUCUGUGAACUCUCUGCUCCUGGAGGUGUAGAAAAUAGUUAUGGAAAAAUAAAUAUCCUUCUUCAAACAUAUAUAAGCCGAGGAGAGAUGGAUAGUUUUUCCCUGAUAUCAGAUUCUGCUUAUGUUGCCCAGAAUGCAGCUAGAAUUGUGCGUGCCCUUUUUGAAGUUGCUCUCAGGAAACGGUGGCCUGCCAUGACUUAUCGGCUUUUGAACCUCAGCAAAGUCAUUGACAAGCGAUUGUGGGGUUGGGCUAGCCCUCUGAGACAAUUUUCAGUGUUACCACCAUCUGUCCUUACAAAAUUAGAAGAAAAGAAACUUACUAUAGAUAAGUUGAAAGACAUGAGGAAAGAUGAAAUAGGUCACAUGCUGCAUCAUGUGAAUAUUGGACUAAAGGUCAAACAAUGUGUCCAUCAGAUUCCAUCCAUUACACUGGAAGCAACUAUCCAACCCAUUACACGCACUGUACUCCGAGUGAGGCUGAACAUCUGUCCUGACUUUAAGUGGAAUGAUCAGGUACAUGGUACAGUUGGAGAACCCUGGUGGAUAUGGGUAGAAGAUCCCACAAAUGAUCAUAUUUAUCAUUCUGAAUAUUUUCUUAUUCAAAAAAAGCAGGUCAUUGCAAAAGAAUCUCAAUUAUUGGUAUUUACAAUUCCUAUAUUUGAACCUUUGCCUUCUCAAUACUACAUUCGAGCUGUUUCUGACAGAUGGUUAGGAGCAGAGGCUGUAUGUAUCAUCAACUUUCAGCAUUUGAUUCUACCAGAGAGACAUCCUCCUCAUACAGAAUUGCUGGAUCUUCAACCAUUACCUGUCACAGCUUUGGGAUGCCGGAAAUAUGAAUCCUUAUACAACUUCACCCACUUCAAUCCUGUACAGACCCAAAUAUUUCACACACUCUAUCACACAGACUGUAAUGUACUACUUGGAGCACCCACUGGCUCAGGAAAGACUGUAGCUGCUGAAUUAGCCAUCUUCAGAAUCUUUAACAAGUAUCCCUCAUCAAAGGCAGUAUAUAUUGCACCCCUGAAAGCUCUAGUACGUGAAAGAAUGGAAGAUUGGAAAGUUAGAAUAGAAGAAAAACUUGGCAAAAGAGUCAUUGAGCUAACAGGAGAUGUGACUCCUGAUAUGAAAUCCAUUGCCAAAGCUGACCUUAUUGUUACUACACCAGAAAAGUGGGAUGGAAUCAGCAGAAGCUGGCAGAACAGGAGCUAUGUUAAAAAAGUCGCCAUUCUCAUUAUAGAUGAGAUCCAUUUGUUAGGGGACGAAAGAGGCCCAGUUUUAGAGGUUAUUGUAUCUCGAACUAACUUCAUCUCUUCUCACACGGAAAAGCCUGUUAGAGUAGUUGGAUUGUCUACUGCCUUAGCUAAUGCCAGAGACCUUGCUGACUGGCUCAAUAUAAAUCAGAUGGGUUUGUUCAACUUCAGACCAUCGGUUCGUCCAGUUCCCCUGGAAGUUCAUAUUCAUGGUUUCCCAGGUCAACAUUACUGUCCUCGUAUGGCUAGUAUGAAUAAACCUGCUUUUCAGGCAAUUAGAAGUCAUUCACCAGCUAAACCUGUUCUGAUAUUCGUAUCAUCCCGACGUCAAACUCGUCUUACAGCAUUAGAAUUGAUAGCUUUUCUGGCUACUGAAGAUGAUCCUAAACAGUGGUUGAACAUGGAUGAAAGAGAGAUGAAUGACAUCAUUGGAACAAUAAGAGAUUCAAACCUAAAAUUGACCCUUGCAUUUGGAAUAGGAAUGCAUCAUGCUGGACUGCAUGAAAGAGAUCGAAAAACAGUGGAAGAAUUAUUUGUAAACUGUAAAAUCCAGGUCCUUAUUGCUACAAGCACAUUAGCAUGGGGUGUAAAUUUCCCAGCUCAUUUAGUAAUUGUUAAGGGAACAGAAUAUUAUGAUGGAAAAACAAGACGCUAUGUGGAUUUUCCCAUUACAGAUGUACUUCAAAUGAUGGGACGUGCUGGUAGACCUCAAUUUGAUGACCAAGGCAAAGCUGUAAUCUUGGUUCAUGACAUAAAGAAAGACUUCUAUAAAAAGUUUCUUUAUGAACCAUUCCCAGUAGAAUCAAGCUUACUAGAUGUGCUUUCUGAUCAUCUGAAUGCUGAGAUUGCUGCUGGUACAAUAACAUCCAAGCAGGAUGCAAUGGAUUACAUUACCUGGACUUAUUUUUUCCGUCGACUUAUCAUGAACCCCAGUUACUAUAACCUGGAUGAUGUGAGCCAUGAGUCCAUGAACAAGUUCCUUUCAAACCUUGUGGAGAAAGCCCUCAUUGAGUUGGAAUAUUCCUAUUGUAUUGAAAUUGGAGAGGAUAAUCGUAGCAUUGAGCCACUUACAUUUGGCCGAAUUGCAUCCUAUUAUUAUUUGAAGCACCCAACUGUCAGAAUGUUUAAGGAUCGUUUGAAACCUGAAUGCAGUGUGGAGGAUUUGCUUUCAGUUCUGACUGAUGCUGAAGAAUAUGCAGAUCUGCCAGUAAGGCACAAUGAAGAUCAGAUGAACAGUGAACUGGCAAGGAAUCUCCCCAUUGAAGUAAAUCCUCAUUCAUUUGACAAUUCCCAUACAAAAUCACAUCUCCUUCUUCAAGCUCAUUUCAGUAGAGCUAUGUUACCAUGCCCAGAUUAUGGCACCGACACUAAAACGGUAUUGGACCAAGCUGUCAGAGUAUGUCAGGCAAUGUUGGAUGUUGCAGCAAACCAAGGCUGGUUGGUAACUGCCCUGAAUAUUACCAGUCUGAUUCAGAUGGUAAUCCAGGGUCGAUGGAUAAAUGACUCUUCUCUUCUUACACUGCCAAACAUAGAGCAGCACCAUCUUCAUCUUUUCAGGAAAUGGAACCAAGGAAAAAGAAAAGGUCCACCUGGAGGUUAUCAAGGUCCCAUCGAGUGCCUUCCUGAAUUAAUUGCUGCUUGUGAAGGGAAAGAGAAAAUAUUCAAUUCCAUUGUAAAUGGAGAACUUCAAACUACAUAUGUUACACAGGCUUGGAAUUUCUUGUCUCAUUUGCCAGUGAUAGAUGUUGACUUGAGCAUUAAAGGCUCGUGGGAUUCAGCUGAGGGACAGAAUGAACUGUGUAUCCCAACUUUGGCAACAGAUGGACGAGAUGACAAAAAAUGGAUCAAGUUACAUGCUGAUCAAGAGUAUGUGCUUCAGGUCAACUUGCAGAGAGUCCACAUGGGGUACCAGAAGGGAAAGCAAGAUAGCAAAGCUAUUGCUCCUAGAUUUCCCAAAUCCAAGGAUGAAGGGUGGUUUUUGAUAUUGGGAGAGAUAGAUAAAAAAGAACUUGUUGCUUUGAAAAGAGUGGGGUAUAUCAGAAAUCGGAAUUCUAUCUCGGUUGCUUUUUAUACUCCUGAAGUAUCUGGAAGGUAUAUCUACACACUUUAUCUCAUGAGUGACAGCUAUCUUGGCAUGGACCAGCAGUAUGACAUUUAUCUGAAUAUCAUCCCAGCAAGUAUUUCAGCAGAGGUCAACACCAAGGUCUCUGAUGCCUUGACUGACCUGGCUAUGAAGUAACCCCGACCUGAACAAUACAUUUGAAAGAAAUGGUUGUGAAAUCUGGCCAUUCAGUCUUCCAGACAACACUGAAAUUACUUGAUGUUUGCCUUAGUGGAAUCAACUUCUAACCUCAAGACACCUUGGAAAAUUGAAAAGUGGCUGCUGUAUUGACUCUUGUAACCUAGAGUUAGCCACAGUGGCCUUAUAAAGAGUUGCCUUUUGUCAUUUUUUCUCCAUUAGUUUCUUGAAGUAUAAAAUGAAUAAGCAUGUAGGAGAAUAUUUUAAUUUGUGUACAUUUAGAGUGGCAUUCUUUCUUUACAAAUUAAUCAUUAAUCUUUCACCAUUGUACAAGGUACUAUUUAUGCAAAUACUUGCUUUUUUUUUUUCCUAAUAAAAAUUACACUGAGGAAUGAAAAUUCUACUAUUAGGGAAUGUUACAACAGUUUACAACCCUAUAGUGUAAAAAGUAUGGGAUAAAUCUAUGAAAUAAUAUAAUUUAUACUUUUAAGUGUGAAUCCUACACAGCAGCCAUUAAGAAUUUAGCAUCCUUAUGAGUGUUAAUAAAAUCUGACACAACAAGUACACUAAGGAGUCUAAAUAAUGAUUAUCAAGUGAACAAAUUUUGUUCAUUUUGGAAACUGUAAACACUAUAACUGAUGAAAAUAAAAUGUUUAGAAUACUCUCUGUGACAAAUAUACUCAUUUACUUCUUCCCCUCAUAUGAUCUGUUUUUCUUUUCAUCAUCUUUUCUUUUAUUCUCUUCUUCUCCACUAUCAGAUAACCAUUCUCAUAAUGAGGAAACACUAGAAUUUUUAAUUUUUUCAAUAAUGCAUAACAAAUUAUAUUCUAUAUCCCUGUCUCUGUAUCUUUCUGUCCUUCAUAAUAUUGAAACACUUAUAAAAAUCUUUUAGCUCAUAAAAGUCAGUUUUUACUUCUGAGUCAUCAAAUUUUUCAUUUCCAAACAUUUCAUUCCCAAGAAAAACUUUUCUAAAAUUAAAAUUAAUAGGAAAAAUGAAAUAUUUAUUAAUAUUAUAAGUUUUAUUUGAAUAAAAAUAUAUUCUGUAGCUGAAAAAAACAGAGAAUUUUCAAAGUAAUCUUUGUCUUCUGUUUCAAAUUAAUUUAAAAGUACUUCUGAACUAGACAUUUACAUUCAGUCCUUGUUAUUCCAAAAAGAAACAAGGAAUUAGAUUUUUAAAUUUUCUGAAAUUAUUGUAAGACAAAGUAAAAUUGAUGGUUCAUUUGUUCUAUGUUAAUUCUGAUUUAACAUUUUUGUCAUUUUAUAGGCAAUUGUUGGACUUGGGGAGUAAAGGGCAUUGAAUCCCCAAUAUGAAGAUUAUAUGACCACACUUGAACAAGUAUUUAUGAAUUAUCUACUAUGCCACAGGACCCCUGCUGUACACUGGAGAUACAAAGACAAAAGCAAACCAUCCCCUCCCUCAAGAAACUUGUAGUUGUGAUAGUCUGAUUAAAAAAAAAAAAAAAAAACAAACUUAUCCACGAAGGAAGUUCAUUGUUUAAGUUUUAUAGCUUUUCCAUAUUGUUAGCAUUUUAAAAAUCAAAACAAACAAACAACUGUUUCCACAGACAUGCAUCUGAAACCCUAGGAUUUAAACAUUGACAUUGUGGAACUCAUCCCAGGAGUGACUAGGAAUAGGAGACAUGCUUAGAAGCAACCUUGAUAUGAUUCAAAGUGAGAUCAGUAAAAAUACACCCACAACUUAGCUAAAUUAAUGAGGCUUGGAGAAAUGAAAGAAUUCUUAUCAUAAUAACCUGGAAAGGGAAAGAAAUGAUCUUUUUUAAAAUUAUCAACCCUAAAGACAGUAUCUGCAUGGAAAUUAAGAUUCAGUAGAAUAUAAGUUUCUUGAGGACAGGCACUUUAAAAAAUGCCUUUGCUUUUGUAUCCCCAGUGCCUAACUGGCUGGCACAUCUCCAGUGCUUAAUAAAUGCUUUUUAAGUUUAACUAAAUUUAAACUAAGUACUACAGUCAGUCAUCAACAAAGGAAAGUACAUAUGGACAUAGAAGUGUAGUUUAUUCCAGUGAGUAACUCAAACUAGUUGUCUGUUAACUCUUCUCAUUCAUUAAUCAACAAAAGUUUUCGUGUUGAGUGCCGAUUGUAACAGCCCAUGUGUCAACAUAAUUAGAAUAGUGCUACUAUUUUCAGCACUGUAAAUCAUUAGCUUCUCAUCACUUAGUAGCCAAGAUUCCCACCAGUAUUCGAAGGUCUUUAUUUUCCUAUCAAAUAAGUAUCUUGAAGAGAAUCCUAAUUACCUAGAGAAGUUAAUUUUUCUGCGGGAGACCCCAGAGUGAUUUUACUUGAAAAAAUGAGUAUUUUGAAAGUUAUUUCAACAUACCCAUGUUUUAAAUCAGUCUGUGGUGAAGUUUCCAUCCAAAGCUUUAGACCCUAUAACUUUUCAUUUCAUGGUGCACUGUUUCUUAUUCAUCUGUAGUCUCUCAAAUCAGACUAGAGUAGUGCAGUACAGAUGUUCAAGCAGGGUUCAUUCAUUCAACAAAUAUUUGUUGCACAUAGUGAUAGAGUGAACUUCUGGAAUUAAUGAACGUGUUUGUCACUGAAGCCAAAUGUGAGUAAUUUAAGUAGCAGUAUAAACACAAGGACUCAAAUAAACUGUAACCUCUGUGUUCUUUUAAACUAUGGCACAGAAAAGACUUCUUCAUUCUUAUUCCCUGGGGGAAAGAGUGGGGCAUACACAAACACAUACACACACAUACCCCUACUGGGUUUUCAGAGAAACAAAAAAAGAAAGAGCUUAAACUUGGUUAAUGUUCUUCAUCAUAGAUUUGUUUUUACAUUAUCUGUCGAUUCAAUUCAGCAAACAUAAAUAAAUGUCUUUCUGGGUCCCCCCAAAAUUGUGCAGGGUGUGUUUAUACACAGUUCCUACCUUCUAAUAGCAACUUACGAAGUCAAGUGAUAACUUAUCAAAAGAUAAUAAUACAUACUAUAUUAUGGCCAUGCACAAAUGUAAGAUUCAAAUGCUUCUAAGAAAUUCUACGAAGUAGAAAUUGCUUCCUCUCUGAAACUAUAUAGUUUUGUUUUGUUUUGUUUUAAAAAGAAAUAUAGAUUGGUACAGGUGGAGGAAUCCCCCUAAGGUCUGUACUUUAAAAAAUAAAAUAAAAAAAAUUUGUGUAUAUGUACUUGAUUUAUUUUUCCACCUACAAGUUGUUUCCCUACCCAUCAGUAGGUUGUUAGCUUCUUGAGAGCAGGAACUGUCUUAUUUUUGUUCUUUUUAUCCUUAGUACUUAACAAAUACCUAUUUCUUUGACUUGUUGCAUAACUCCAAUUGUUUUGAAAUGAACUAGGGGACCAGUGCCUGAGUUUGUGGGUAGAUAUCUCAAACCCAGAGAUGAAGAAACAUCUUGGCCCAAGUAUUCAGUGUGAUUUGCAUAGAUCAUGGUUUCUCUUUACCAAAGAUUCAUAAUUUAAUUAUACUGUCAUUAAAAAGAUACGGGCCACUAAUCUAGGCCCUUUUGUUUUAAGCCUUUUAUAAUCCUUUAAUUCAAGGAAAGUCAAUGCAAGGUGAGGUAGUGAAUGGAGCUCUAGUCCUAGAAUCAGGAGAUCUGUAUUUGAAUUCUACAUUAGACAAAUUGCAAUGUCUCUGAGCCCAUUUUCUCAGCUAUAAAAUGGGAAUACUAGUACUGGUACCACCUACCUCAUAAGGUAAUGUAAGGAAAACAUUUUGAAAUCAUUAAAUUCUGAGUCAGAGAAUUUGAGAUUGAUGAUUAGGACUUCAUAAAAAACAAUGUUGGAAACCAGUUUCUAAUGGGGAUUCUCGUAGGGAUGAUUCUAUCAAGUUUUAUACCUGAAAUUGAGAUUUCAUAUCUAUAGUCACUGGUACACUUUAUGCCACUUUCCAAGAAUUAAAUGAUUGGUGAAUUUAAACCAUCAAAAGCCUCUGUCCAGCAUUCCACCUUGCAUUGAUUCUCCUCCCAUUAUUUUUCAUACUGUGUCUGAUGCAAUCUUAUUUGAAAAGCUUGAUAUUAUAAAAGACCUUUUGAUUUGUAACUGGAAAAAGAUUAAAACUCUUGGAAUGUCUAUCCAAAUUUUGACUUAAUCUGGCACUAGAACUAGAAUAGGUCAAGCAUUUGAGCCAAGAAAACCAUGUCUGAAUGAUUACUUAAUUUCUCGCUUUCAUUCUCCAGCAAGUCUGCAAAUUGAAGGUUAUAUUAAAAUAUAUUUGAAUCAAGGUCCAUCAAUAAUGCUGUGUCUGUAAAUAAACUUCAACUGUUUCAUUUUUAAGAGA